CCUAUUCUGGGGGGGGGCAGUUUCAAUAUGAACUUGACAAUGCGCUGACCGCUGAUGAACAUUUGGAACUGCCAUUCAGAUCAGUUGCCGUGGUGUAAUGCCGAUCGGCCUUGCGUACUUAUGCGCCUUCUUUCAAGUCUCGCACGAUGAUUGUCAGAGAUAUAUGUAUGGCAGGUUCUUUCUCUUCAGGACCAGCAAAACGACCCCAGAUAUAAUGCAGCCCAUACCCGCAGGUUAUCCCGUAGAAAAGCUGUCUGGACCUUUGAUCGUCGCCUCUCUCUUGCACUGGGGACUGUUUGGGUCUCUUUCCGUGCAGCUGUAUCUGUACUAUCUCGCAUUUCCGAAGGAUAGACGAUUUACAAAAUGUCUUGUCUAUGGCGUUUACAUCAUCGAGUUUGUUCAAAUGGUGCUCGUCACCCACGACGUCUUUGCAGUGUUCGGUUAUGGUUUUGGUGACAUCGAAGCCCUGACUAGAAUAAAUUUUAAUUGGCUCACAGUCCCCGUCAUAAGCGGUGUCGUUGCUUACGUCGGACAAACCUUCUAUGCGUACCGAAUAUUUAUAUUGUCGAGGUCGCGAAUCAUCCCUAUAUUCAUCGCCUGUGUAUCCUUGACCAGCUCUGCGGCAGCUAUAAUUACAGGCGUCUACUCUUUUGAAGCAGGUAAUAUUAUUGAACUCGAUAAGAGGAAAAUAUUCAUCACGGUCGGGAUUUGGUGCGGGACCUCUGCCCUGUGUGAUAUUGUCAUCGCUAUCUGCAUGACUUACCACCUUAUGCGCAGAAAUACCGGUCUGCGUCAGACCCGAAUUUUGGUCACAAAACUAGUUCGUCUUACUAUUGAAACGGGAUCUGUGACAGCUGUUGUCGCUCUGCUCAAUCUUAUCCUCUUUUUUGCGUUCCGUCAUCAGACUUUCUACACGACACCCGCCCUCAUCAUGCCCAAGCUUUAUGCUAAUACCAUUUACAUGGUACUGAAUUCGCGAAUCCGAAUUUUGGGAGGACGCGAAACCUAUCUGGCUUCUACUGAUAUAAGCUUCACAACCGCUUUGAUGCAGGAUACUAGUUCCCAAUCAACACAGCAAAUGGACAGGAUGCAAGAACAAGCCCCAGCAGUUGCGAUAAGUAAAGAGAUAUUCAACAAUGAUAAUGGGAUGGGUCAAAUGAAUGUCAGUCGUGGUGAUUCACAUGCUUCGUCGGAGCUGAUUUUCUAUCAAGGAUAAACGGCAGAGCAAAAGCGUUGGAUCAUAACUGUUAGCAGAGUGCUUUUUGAGCUCACAUCACCCUAAAUUGUUUAUUGUCGUGUUGUAAAUGCCAAUUCAAAUGUUACGAC